UUUUUAUCGUCUUUUCUCUCUCUCUUUUCUCCUUUAUGCUCGUAAUAUGGGGAAAACAGUAACUUAUGGAAUCGAAUACGCUCGUACCGAUCCGGCCCUUGAAGGGUUUAAAUUUUAUAUGAACCGUUACAAGUCUCUUGUCAAUAAUUCAAAGCCAUUAUUAGCAUUUGAAACCAUUCUUGAAUUAACAGAAUGGCUCGUUGACGAAAGUGAUGAUGAAGUGGGUGAUAGUCCCAAAUUUAACUCAUGUCUUCAGGGGGCCAUCACCAUGUGUCGUCAAUGUCUAAAAUCAAUUCAACCUCCUGAGUUUUUACCAAGGGCCUAUGCUGCCUUGAGUCAAGCUCAUCUUCUUCUUCACGAUUUUCAGGCAGCCAUCGAGUACGGUCUCAAGACGAUUGAACAUCCUCUCGAUAAACAAUUACUACAGACUGCUUAUCGUACAAUGGGCAAUAUUUACUUUACAAAGAGUAGCGAUCCUGAGAAAUCUCGUUUUAGUGAUUUCAGUAAUGCUCUUCAUUAUUAUCAACUGGAACGAUCUGUGAUUGAUCAAAUGAAAGAUGAUGAAGAAGAUAAAGUGAAACAACGAUUAAUCCAAUCAUCGUAUUUUAAUAUGGGUGUAAUGCAAUCUAAAUUAUCUGAUCAUCAUAGUGAAAGUGAAGGUAAUCUAAGAAUGGCUAUACAGAUGGCUCAACAAUUGAAUGAUGCAGUGAGUGAAAGGACAGCAUGGUGGGAGUUGAGCAACUUAUUUAAACGUUCAGGACACUAUGAACUAGUCAAGGAAUGCCAGGAGAAUGAAUAUCAAUUGAUACAACAACAUGGAUUUACAGAUGAUGCGCUUUAUUGUUUUGAAGAACAAAGUAAUAAGUAAAACUUCAUUUAUUUCUCGAAGAAUAUAACACAUGUGCUCAACUAUACAAGGAAGCUGCCGUUGACCGAUCAGAAUAUCAUAAAUAUUAUAAAGAUAGACUAGAGAUGGUAAAGAAAUUAAAAUUGAUGAAGGAAGAGAUUGAUAGACUAUCUUAUCGACGAGAUCAAAACGCGCCUAUUGCUUCCAUGUACUUUGAAUAUAUUGAAACAUU